AUGGGUGGUGGUAAUGGCCAGAAAGCCAAGAUGGCGCGUGAGAAGAAUUUAGAGAAAACGAAAGCUUCGAAAGGAAGCCAGCUGGAUGCGAACAAAAAAGCCAUGAAUAUUCAGCUAGAUGGAGUCUAUGCUGCUGUGAUUGAAAAAGAUGAAGUCUUGAUUGGUCUUCAAGUGUCCCAUUCCGUCGCGCCUAAUGGAAAAGUCUUGUUAGUAUUAGGGCUUUAUCAAACAUUUCUUUUGGAAGCCAUGGUUGAAGCAUUUCCUUUGAUGGUUGUUAGUAUAGUUAUUUUAAAUGUUCAAAUAUAA